AAGGCUACAAAUGAAUAUAACACCAGCGAGGACUGGGGGCUUAUUAUGGAUAUAUGUGACAAAGUUGGAAGUACUCCUAACGGAGCAAAGGAUUGCCUUAAAGCCAUCAUGAAGAGAGUAAACCAUAAAGUUCCCCAUGUGGCUUUACAAGCGCUUACACUUUUAGGAGCCUGUGUAUCAAACUGUGGAAAAAUAUUUCACUUAGAAGUAUGUUCUCGUGAUUUUGCUAGUGAAGCUCGAAGUAUAAUAAAUAAGGCUCAUCCAAAAGUUUGUGAAAAACUAAAAACUCUAAUGGUGGAGUGGUCGGAAGAAUUUCAGAAAGACCCGCAGUGUAGCUUAAUAUCUGCAACUAUUAAAUCUUUAAAAGAAGAAGGUGUAACUUUUCCUGCAGCUGCAUCACAGGCUGCCACAAAUGCUGCUAAGAAUGGUUCAUCAUUAAGUAAAAACAAAGAAGAUGAAGAUAUAGCUAAAGCUAUCGAAUUGUCUUUGCAAGAGCAGAAACAGCAACAAAUGGAAACUAAAUCCUUGUACCCAUCUGCAGAAAUUCAGCAAAACACUCAGAACUCGAGGAAGGUGCGAGCUCUGUAUGACUUUGAAGCUGUCGAGGACAAUGAGCUCACCUUUAAAAGUGGAGAAAUUAUUUUUGUUUUGGAUGACAGUGACACCAAUUGGUGGAAGGGUGAAAAUCAUAGAGGAGUAGGACUGUUUCCGUCUAAUUUUGUGACUUCUGACUUAAAUGUGGAACCUGAGGCAGCAACUGUGGAUCAAAAUUCUGUUCCUGAGGAUACUACAGAAGAAAUUAAGAAAGCAGAACCUGAGCCGGUUUAUAUAGAUGAGGAUAAAAUGGAUAAAACUCUGCAGGUACUUCAGAGUAUAGAUCCUACAGAUUUAAAGCUUGAUUCUCCAGAUCUUCUAGACUCAGAAGAUAUUUGUCAACAGAUGGGUCCAAUGAUAGAUGAAAAACUAGAAGAGAUAGAUAGAAAACAUUCGGAAUUAUCGGAAUUGAAUGUGAAAGUUCUAGAAGCUCUGGAGCUCUAUAACAAACUGAUGAAUGAAACACCGAUGUAUUCAGCCUACUCAAAACUCCACCAUCCUGCACAAUACCCACCUACAUCUUCUGGUGUUUCAGUGCAGUCAUAUCCCGUACAGCCACCUAGUGGAAACUACAUGAUCCAGGGUGUUCACCAAGUCACCAUUUCCCCAGGUUAUAGUCUCGGACCGGAUCAGAUGGGGCAGUUGAGGUCUCUGCCUCAAAGUAUGAAUUCUUCUGGAGCAACUCAGCCAGCUCAAGCUGCGUAUUUAAGCCCAGGACCGGAUUCUGUGUUAAACCAGACGUACGUGAACCAGACCCCUGGCCUUCCGUCGGCUGCCAGCGCAGCUGCUUACACCCAGCAGCAGAUGGGGAUGUCAGUGGAUAUGUCGGCGUACCAGAACAACACGUCGAGUUUGCCUCAAGGACCAGGUUAUCCCAUGGCAGUUCCUGCUCAUUCCGUUCUACAGCAACAAACAAAUUACCAUCAACAGCCUCUCCUUUAAAAACAAACCAGCUCGUAUUUCUCAAUUAAUGAAUAAAGGUUGCCUGACCUAAUGAUUUCUAUGAAUACCUGUCACGGAUAUCAAAAUACAUUUUCCUUUUAAAUAACCCAACUUACUGCAUUAGGGUGAUGCCAAGUAAAAGUACGCAUCAGACCUGAUUGUUAAGCAUUUGCAUAAAGAUAGCUUGAACUAGAUUAGCUGAUGGUUUAAAAUUAAUUUCAGAUUACUUUGAGCCCUUAUUUCAGUG